CACAAACAACGCACGUCACCAGCAUCACCAGCAUCGUCGCAUCUCAUUUCCAUCUCGUCUCCGGAGACCACUAGCCGGACUCGUUAAAGAGUGGGGGAGGAAGCCAUCAACUAGGUGGGGGAAACUCUCUCAGUGGCCUUGCAAUAGAAGGAACAGAUAAAAACCAGCCCUGGUCCCUUUUCACACUCAUUGGCCACUAUGAAUCCCUCACGGCUCUCUGUCCUGCUGAGACAAACCGCAUCGGCCCAGUCCCGGCUGCUGUCCUGCUCUUCCAUCCAUCGCCAUGCCGUGCAGCGACGGGGGCUGAGCGCUGCGGCGGGCUCCAACGCCAUCCGGGACCUUCUGCAGGUCUCCAGCGAAGUGUCCGAUGCCAUUGCGCAGAACAAGCCCGUCGUUGCCCUGGAGUCGACGAUUUAUACUCAUGGGGCCUUGGGCAAGGAUCUCGCGCGGGAGCAUGAGGACUUGGUGCGGAGCACGGGCGGCAUCCCGGCCAUUAUUGCCAUUGUGGACGGCGUGCCCAAAGUCGGUGUCUCGACUGAGGAGAUUGUUCGCAUGAUUGAGGAAGAGGGCACGGUCAAGGCUUCACGGAGAGAUAUCUCCUACUUGGUCGGCAUGGGCCUCGCUGGACGCAAGAUUCAUGGUGGCACAACCAUCGCUGGUACAAUGCUGCUGGCUAGACUGGCCGGUAUCCGAGUCUUUGGAACCGGUGGCCUUGGUGGUGUUCACCGCGGCGGCGAAAACUCCAUGGACAUUUCAGCUGAUCUCACUGAGCUGGGGAGAACGCGAGUGGCCGUCGUCAGCAGUGGCUGCAAGGGCUUCCUCGACAUCCCCCGCACGCUGGAGUACCUCGAGACCCAGGGCUGCCUGGUGUCGACGUUUGCAGAUGGACGCAGCGGCAAGAUUGACUUCCCGGCCUUUUGGGCGCGAGACAGCGGCAUCAAGAGCCCCUCGGUCACAUACACUGAAAGGGAGGCUGCUGCCAUGAUCCUGGCCCAGGAGAAGCUCAACAUCGAGUCGGGCAUGCUCUUUGCCAACCCCAUUCCCGAGGAAUUUGGUGUCCCUGCCAAGGAAAUGCAGGCUCACAUCGAGCAGGCUGUGGCCGAAGCAGACCAGAAGGGCUUUACCGGCAGUGCCAACACCCCGUAUAUCCUCAACAGACUCAAGGAGCUCACUGGCGAGAGGGCGGUGAUUGCCAACAAGAAGCUGGUGCAGUCCAACAUUGUUAGGGCGACCAACAUUGCGGUGGAGUUGUCACGCUUGCUGAGCCAGGGAACGAGCUCAAUCUCAUCGAGUCAUAGUGUGGCGUUUUCAUCAAAAGUCGAAAAUAAACCAUCAUCUCCAGUAAAAGCAAAUCCCAAAGCUGAUAUCCUUGUUGCUGGGUCGGUCGCCGUGGAUCUAAGCUGUGAUUACACCGGCCUCAGCGGCGGCAAUGGCCAGCCGAAAGCUCAUACGUCUAACCCAGCCAGCAUCAGCCAAUCAAUCGGCGGCGUCGGUCACAACGUUGCCCUGGCUGCUCAUCGUGCAAGUCGUCAAGCUCAAGUCAAGUUCAGUAGCAUGGUUGGCGAUGACAUUGCGGGUGAUACGGUUCUCUCGGCUUUGGAAGCCUCUGGACUUGAUCCUAGGUACGUAAAGAAGCUUGACCGGACAGAGCAUCCGGGGAGCCGAACCGCUCAAUACGUCGCUAUAAACGAUUCGAGUAAAAACCUCGUCAUGGCCAUGGCAGAUAUGGGCAUCUUCACGCAGCACCUGUUCCCAGAAGACUGGAAAUCAACCAUCAAAGCGACAGAUCCCAAGUGGCUCGUGGUGGACGGGAAUUGGAGCCCCAAAGGCAUCAGAACCUGGGUUCACUCGGCCAAUGAGCAUGGGAGCAAGGUCGCCUUUGAGCCCGUAUCGGUGGAGAAAUCCAAGAGCCUCUUCGGCCCACAGCGCGGAGUGCCACCGCUGGGCGUCUUCCCCAACCAGAGCGUCGAUCUCUCUUCGCCAAACAUCUACGAGCUUUCAGCCAUGUACUCCGCAGCCAAGGACAACGGCUAUCUCGACAGCGCGGAGUGGUUCGAAGUCAUCGACUCAUUCGGCAUGGUCGGCGCCAGAGACAAGUUUGUCCGCCUCACGUCGAUGGAGCUGACUGACGCUGGCGUGCCGGUGCAGUCCAUCCAGCUACUCCCUUACAUCCCGACUUUGAUUACAAAACUAGGAUCCAAGGGCGUUCUCUUGACAACAAUUCUUGGAAAAGACGACCCCCGGCUUCGAGACCGCGAGUCUGAAGAAUUCAUUCUGACACGGUCAUUCAAUGGAAACCCUGCAAUUGGCGGCGUUUACAUGCGGUUAUUCCCGCCGGUUGAAAAGGUGGAAAACGUUGUUUCUGUGAAUGGCGUAGGCGAUACAUUUCUUGGGGUCUUGAUAUCAGGUCUGGCUCAGGGUGGAAGAGUCGAUAAGCUGGUUGAUGUGGCUCAGCGAGGUGCGGUUUACUCGCUGAAGUGCGCCGAAUCUGUGAGCAAGGAUGUUUCGAAGCUAGAGGGCGAGUUGGAAAAGGUUGCAUUAUUGAAAUAAGCGAAUUUUGUUUUGGCAUCAUAAUAGUAAUACUACUCUAAACCAGAGCUUGUGCUCUUUGAAAUGUUAGAAGAAGUCAAGUUGCUAG